UAGCGAGAAAACUAUCCACAUUUCUCUCUCACUCAAAAAAACCCUAAACCAUCUCAUUUCUCCACCGCCGCUGUUCAACGGUGGUCACUCACUCUCUCACCCAACCAUGGCAACUACCGCGACAGCUUCCUCAGACUCGGGAGAAGGACCAGUGAUGGCCCUAAUCAACAAACGCCUCCGCGCCCUCCGCAAGAAACUCAACCGAAUCGCCCAAAUGGAAGAAUCCAUCUCCCUCGGCAAAACCCUAAACAAGGAGCAGCAAGAAGUCCUCCGCUCCAAACCCUCCGUCCUCGUCCUCAUCGACGAGCUCGACAAGCUCCGCUCUCCCCUCUCCUCCGCCGUCUCCGAAGAAAUCUCCCUCGCCACCGCCACCGCCGCUCCUCACAACGCUCCUCCUCCCCCCGAUCAAACCACCACCACGGAGGAGGAGGAGGCCCCGGCCGUGGCCCCGAAGGAGGAGAAGCUGGAGGAUUUAGUGAAUCUGUUGUACUUUGGGUCGCUGUUCGACGUGAGGUCGGCGAGCGAGCUAGCUUCGGUUAUGAUGACGAGGAGGCACGAGAGAGGGUGCUGUUUGGUGUACGAUACGGUUACGGAUGAGUCCACGGAGGAUCUGCUGUGUGAUAAAGAUCUGGACUUGAUCUCGAAGCUGUGGGGGAUGAUGGUGUCUAGGCCUGCGGAUUCGGGUUUGUCUCAUGAGAAGGCUUUGGAGCGUUGCGUGGAGCAUGCUAAGCUCUGGUUGGCUAACUCUGAUCAGAAGAUUGCGUCUAACUGUGACGUUUCGUAUGCUGCGUUGAGAGAGAAAGUGAAGAAGAUUAUGGGGUCUAAUUACUUCACUAUUACACCGGAGAUGGUUGUGGCGCCGGUUGAAGCAGCGGCGGAAGCUGGUCACUUCGGUUCGUUCCAAGUCGCUGCUGAUAAUGAGCAAAAGGAAGACGUGUCAAACUUCAAAGUACAAGAAUCUGUUGGUAAUGAUCAAUAUGAGCAACAAAAGGAUGAGUCAGUAGUGACGGAAGGAGAGGUGGUACAGGGGCAGCAGGAACAAGGCUAUACUCAGGUGGAAGGAGGGAGGUCAAAGAGAGAUUAUCAACAACAACAACAGUAUGUGCCUCGUGGAUCCCACCAGAACCAGAGAGGUCAUAGAGGUGCUAGACGAGGCCAUUCCAAUGCCCCCCGCGGAGGUCGAGGUGGUGGUGGAUACUCGAAUGGGAGGUUUGAAUCUUAUGAUAAUGCCGGUGGAAACGGGUACCAAAGGAGCUAUUACAACAACAGAGGAAGGGGACGUGGUGGUGGUGGUGGUGGAGGAAAUGGCCAUUCGUACAACAACAACAACAACCACCAAGACUCUAAUGUUAGUGUUGCGUCUUAGCUUUGCUACCUCUUUUAUGGCUUUUGAGUGCGUGCGGUCUCUCCUUGUUUUCCGCUAUAACUCAGCCUUAUCUCGGAGUUUGGAACUUUUGUGAAUUGCUCUUUUGCUAUGUAUGAACUUUUGCGGCCAUCAGUAUGAUCAUUUUCAUCA